CCUUCCUUAAAAACUUUAAUUUUAUUUUGGCUUAAUACAGAUGUUCCAGCGCUAAAUUAACCUUUAAUGUUGCCAAUUUUACGCUGUUGAUCAUUGGGGCCCAUACCUGUUGUUAUUCUCCAACUUUAUCCCGAAACGUUCAAAGUUUCCUUCUUUGAUAAUGUGCCGAUAAAUUUAUUUUUAAUAGAUUUUCUUAUCAUUUUGAAAAUAAGUUUGAUAUUUAAAAUUCAGAAAAACAUAAUAAAAAGUGAUUGGUCUGAAAAUUAGCGUAACCCGAGAUUUUUCUCACAAAGCGCAAAACUAGCCAUAGCGGCCCAAAAUUUCUGAGUGUCAACUAAAUUCAUUGUUUUAAGUAAAAAAAUUUCGCAAGUCUUAAUUCUGUUAUCUGAAAAACAGAGGCGUAAGAAAUCACUACCAAAAGUUUUGAAUUGUUUUUGUAUGCGUUUGCAUGCAGCUCAAAGAAAGCGGGGAAGGGUGAAAUAGGCCGGAGCGCGAUCAGCUAGUCGUAGUACAAAAUGUCCUAUGAAAUCAAAUCGACACCAUUUUUUCGACGCAUGGUUAGUGCCAGCAAAAAGAAUGGCCAGCUGCAGCGGUUGAAGGAGGAAUAUGAACGUAUUAAGGCGUUCAACGAUCGUACAAUCGAAAUAAAGAUGCGUCAGAUACGCUUGAAGCGCCUAUUUCGCGAGAUCGAAGAAAUCAAGGAGUCAUCAUCGCAGUGCAAACAACGACGCGUAGCCCCAGAUCGUUUGAAAACAAACGAGGAGAUGCGUAUGGAGACGCUGGUCAAGGCCAAGGCGCUGGGAAAGGAGUAUUCGAAAAUGAAUGCGUUGGCUGAUCGUUGUACAUCGCGUCUUUAUACAAUGGGGUCGGGUGCUGCUGUCGAGUGCAUGCCUUCGCGCAUCGAAUUGGAGCGCAAAGCGCGUUCAGAUAAACGCAUCAGUUAUGGUAAUGAUUGUUCGCGCAUGAAUAUACAAAAGAUUGCAACAGCGCAUCGUAAGCCGGCUGGCAAGCAGGUACUCGCUGGGGAAAAACGACUCAAUGCAUUAAAAGAGAAACUAAAAACUCGACUAUCGUUUGGCAACUCGUGUUCCCAUCGCAAUCUAGCGAAGAAAGUCAAGAAAGAAAGCCACAAAAAGACUACUGAUGCCGCAUCAAUUAGCUUGUUAACCAACUCACAAAUUGCACAUAUGCUGGAACGAGACUCCCAAUGCCAAUUCGCGUGUGCCGCUGAGUCUAAUGAGCUGCCGAUUAUGUCGUUUACCGAUUCUGCACAGCGUCGCAAAAGCAUUGCCGAUAUAUGCACAAGCAGCAGUUCUCGAACAAUCGCCAACCAGCCAGAUGGCACUGCCAAAAGUGAAGAAGAUCCACAUGUUCGCGCGAGACGACACUGGCGCAGGCUCGCGCUCAUUGCACGCCAUCGCCUUGACACACUUGGUCGUUGUUAUAUGCAACCUUCCAUAGAAAAUACCGAAGAAGAAGACUCGGAAGAGUAUACUUUGCGCGGAAUUUCCAAUGACACUGACCUGCCAAUUAGUCAACUGUGUGGCAAACUUGCGCCACCUGAUUCGGAGAGUGAUCUAUCGCUCGGUGAGCUGUUGCUGAGCGUUGAGUCGCUCGCUCCAUUGGAGAUGCAACCACUGCCGGAUCCUACGACAAUUUGCACAGGAGCACGAACUACUGACGAGGGCACCAAUCAAAUGGAUACGCGACGCAAGGUGCAGCAAUAUGUGAAAAUAGGUAAGCCGAUUGUGCAUGCGGCACAGAAAGAGGCUUCAGAGUUAGGUUUUGAGAAGAUUCGCAGUAUUUUCGAACAUCAGACUGCCGCAGCAGUAGAGGCGCACGAAAUGGGAACGGAGAAGUAGAAUAGCUUUUGCUGUAUGUAUGUAUGUAUGUCUCAAUAGGCAGAAAGAAGAUGCGGUGUACAUUAUUUUUGGAUUAAAAUGUAAAAUUCUAUGAGGAUUGUAUUUUUUUUUAUUCAAGGAAACACGCCAAAAUAUUACAAUUAGUCUUUAGUAAGUGAAAACAGCGUGA